AUGACUCCCCACCCCAUCACCGAUCGUCCGACCUACAACCCCCUCGCAGCAGAGCACAUUGCCCGACGCCCCCAAAAGCCCAUCGAAAUCGUCGACCCCGACCCAACCUGGCCAGCCAAGUUCGCUCUCAUCGAGUCACGCAUCCGCUCCGCCCUAGGCAAUGACAACCUAGUCUCCGUCGCGCACGUCGGAUCCACCAGCGUGCCGGACCUCCCCGCCAAAGACGUCAUCGACGUGGAUAUCGUCGUGCCCGAUCCCGACGCCGAAGACCGCUACAUCCCCGCGCUGGAGGCCGCCGGGUUCCAGUUCCUGUUCCGCGAGCCGGCCUGGCACCGGCAUCGGUUUCUUUAUCUGAAAGACCCGUACGCGAAUGUGCAUAUUUUUGGACCCGAGGGGCCGGAGACGAUCUGGCAUCGGAUGCUUCGGGAUUGGUUGCGUACGCAUGAGGAUGAUCGAAUCACGUAUGCGGGGGUGAAGCGCGAGGCGGCGAGAGCGAGUCGAGAGGGUGGAGAGACGGUCAUGCAGUAUAAUGAUCGGAAGGAGGCAGUGAUUUUGGAUAUCUUGCAGAGGGCGUUUGAGGCUCAUGAGAAUCUACAGACUCUACUCUACCAAAUCAUCACUUUCAAACCACCCAACAUGCGCUGGUCGCCGGAAGUUGAGACUACAAUCCUCAAAACCCUCUUCAACACCCAGACCUUCACUAUCGAUCUCAACAAAAUGGUCCAACACUGGCCCGGCGAUGACAAGCCUACCCUCAAGGCUCUCGAGUUCCAACUCGACAAGUACCGCAAGACCCCGAAAUGUGACAACACUGUGACCUUUACCAAAAGUGCCGGAAAACGUGCUGCUGGUUCGAGCGCUACUUCUACUCCUGUCCGCAAGAAGCGCAAGGUUAAGGGAGACGGCGAUGUUGUGAAGAAGGAGGAUGAGGCCGAUCAUUUGGAGCCUGCUUAG